CAUAUAGGUCACAUGCUCGGUUUUCCCGUUUACGUCAACAUGGCUUUACAGACCUGUAUAUUUGUUGUUUUUAAAUUCAUUUUUCUCUGCGCCAUCUUUGUGGUUGGAGAGGGACGACUCAAGGGUUUUGGUAGGUUUUAUGAAUUGCAGAGACAUGCGUCCGACGAGCAAUGGUUCAUACAGAAACUAGAUCACUUCAAUGGAGCAGACGGCAGAGAGUGGAAGCAGAGGUACUUUGUGAAUGAUGCCUUCUACAAGCCGGGUGGGCCGGUGUUUCUUAUGAUCGGUGGAGAGGGUCCAGCCAAUCCAGCAUGGAUGCAACAUGGAACCUGGCUCACAUAUGCAGAGAAACUGGGAGCCAUUUGCUUCAUGCUCGAGCAUCGCUUCUAUGGAAAGAGUCACCCAACAGUUGACCUGAGCACGGAGAACCUACGGUUCCUCAGUAGCCGUCAGGCUUUGGCCGACCUGGCCCACUUUCACACAGUGAUGGCUGAGAGCCAAGGACUGGUCAACAGGAAGUGGGUGGCAUUCGGGGGUUCGUACCCGGGUUCUUUAGCAGCGUGGUUCAGGCUGAAGUAUCCUCAUCUGGUGCAUGCUUCUGUGGCCACCAGCGCACCAAUUCAUGCUUCAGUCAACUUUCCAGAGUACUUGGAGGUUGUGGGGCGUUCCCUGGCUUCAGAGAACACAGAGUGUCCUCUAGUGGUAAAAAAGGCUUCAGAUACCCUAAUAGAGCGACUCAGCGACCCAGCAACCUAUGACAACAUCACCAAAGAUUUCAACUUGUGUUCCAAACUGCAGAUUCAGACAGAGACAGACUCUGCCUACUUCUUGGAAAUGCUUGCUGGUAACUUCAUGGAUGUGGUCCAGUAUAAUGAAGACAACAGGGAGUUUGAGGGUUUAGUGGGCACCAACAUCACCAUCAAGGUGCUCUGUGGGGUGAUGGCCGACACAUCACUUGGAGAACCAUAUGCCCGAUAUGCUGCUGUGGCCCGCCUCCUGAUGGACACCGUCUCAAUGAAAUGUCUGGAUGUCAGCUUCAACAACAAUUUGAGAGACAUGACUAAUACAUCCUGGGAUGGGCCAGCUGCAGGGGGAGGCAGACAGUGGGUCUACCAGACCUGUACUGAAUUUGGAUUUUAUCAAAGCACUGAUUCGCCCAACCAGCCAUUUGCUGGCUUCCCUCUGGAGUAUCAUGUGAAACAGUGUGCAGAUUUCUACAACAUCACUGGUGAUAAACUUGCAGAGGCUGUGGCUGAGACCAACGAGUAUUAUGGCAGCUAUGAUAUCCACUCUUCCAAAAUUGUUUUCCCUAACGGGUCCAUUGACCCCUGGCAUGCAUUGGGAAUCACUCAAGACAUCAUGGCUGACCUUCCGGCUGUUUUCAUCAAAGGAACAGCCCACUGUGCCAACAUGUACCCUGCCAGCUCCAGGGAUCUCAUCCAGCUAACACUGGCCAGAGAUCAAAUCUUCUUACAUCUGCAGCAAUGGUUGAAACAAUAAAUGCCAUCAUCGCCAAAUUGCCUGUGACACUGCUUAAAGCUUUGGGAUGAAGGUUCCAAAAAAUGUUUUAAAUUGUUUUGGAAGUGUAAAACAAAAUUGAGCUGAUGAUUAAAUAUUUUUUAUGCACUGUGUACGUAUGUGUAUGUUGUAUAUUUGCAUGUCUGUAAUGCUUCAAAGAUUUUGCUGUCUUGCUAUUAAACUUCGUAUGAAAGUUG